UAACACUGGCUGACGUCAUUGAUUGUCGCUGUGUUGUGUAAUCGUGUGUUGUGAAGUGGACUAGUUUCAUGUUUUGGUGAGGAAAAGGAAGUUUGUUGGUGGAUCGUGCUUCCUGUCUUUGUAAAAUAAUCGUUUGAAAAGGUAAACUUUUUUUUCGUUGCCAGGUUGGAUUUUACUUUUGGGUAACCAUUGAUCAGCAGUGACACAUGACCAAGAAUUGAUUCGGUUUAGACUGUUGGACGUGUUGUCAAGUACACCAAGCUUAAGUAGUUUUCCGUAGGGAAAGUUAAUGAUGUUUAAUUUGGUCUAAUUUUUCGUUACUGUGGUAACGUAUCUGUGAAGAAAGAACUACAUUGAACUGUAUUUGCACCACACUUUCGUUCUUCCCAUUAAGGUUAUGAAUUCCAACUUAAUGUUUUGAAUGCUUUAUCGCCACACUUCCGUGCUGCCCAUUUACCAGUUUGACAAAGAACUGCACUUGAACAGUGUUAUUCAGUUUUAUUUUUAACAGCCUGAAGGGCGUCCACAGUGGAGACAAAACACGUUACACUAAUCUGUGGGCAUGGACAAGAAGCCACAACGACGCAAUCGUAGCAGGGAAAAGGAAAGAGAGCGUCGUGAGAGACCACGUAGGUCUCGCAGUCACUCUAAAGAGAGAAAGACCAUAGAAAGAAGAAAGUUAACAAAAUUGAAAGAACGGUCUUGCAGCAGAAUCCGAGAGCGAGAGAGGCAUCGGCACAGGGACCGAAAACGCACCCCUACCCCACCUAGCAUCAUGAAGGAGAAGGAGGAACACAAGAAGGAACCAUUAUCAUUCGAGGAGCUGCUUGCCAAAAAACGGGUUGAAGAGGCAGCUCGCAGCAAGCCCAAAUUUCUGACAAAGGAAGAACGUGCAGCUGAGGCUUUGAGGCAACAGCAACAAGAGGAAGAAGAGAUACGACGUAAGAUGGAAGAAGGAGAAAAGAAAAGGGCUGAAUUUUACAAGGAGGCCAAAAAGGCAUUUGAUGAUUUGUGCAAGGCAGACAAAGAUCAGGAUCGGGACAAAGACGGCUUUAGGAGGUGGAACAGAGACAGAGAGCGUGAAAAUACAGACAAAGAGGAGGACAGCCCGUACUCAAAGGACAAGCAGAAGGAAGUGGAGAUCAUAAGAGAGUGUUAUCCAAGACCAGUUGAGAAGAUACGUCGUGUGCGUCGGCCCAAUGAUCGCAAGUUUGUGUUUGACUGGGAUGCUUCAGAGGACACAUCUAUCGGCCAUAAUCCCCUCUACAAGGAACGGCAUCAGGUUCAGUUCUUUGGUCGAGGUAAUGUUGCGGGUAUUGACAUCAAGGCCCAGAAACGACAUCAGUCCAAGUUCUAUGGGGAGUUGCUGGAGCGACGACGAACUGAGGCUGAGAAGGAGCAGGAGAAGGUGCGCCUAAAGAAACUCAAGGAGAAAGAGGAGAAACAGAAGUGGGAUGACCGUCACUGGUCUGAGAAGUCUAAGGAUGAGAUGACUGAGAGAGACUGGCGAAUAUUUCGAGAGGAAUACAACAUCACCAUCAAGGGUGGUGGAAUCCCUGAUCCAAUCAGGAACUGGAAGCAGUCUGGAAUUCCUAAUGAGAUUCUGGAGAUUGUUGAGAAAGUUGGCUAUACUGAUCCCACUCCUAUCCAGCGACAGGCCAUUCCCAUUGGCCUGCAGAAUCGAGAUAUCAUUGGUGUGGCAGAAACAGGUUCUGGUAAGACACUGGCCUUCCUGAUUCCUCUGCUGACGUGGAUACAGUCUCUGCCCAAGAUUGAACGUAUUGAAGAUGCUGACCAGGGUCCAUACUCCAUAAUCUUGGCACCCACUCGAGAAUUGGCUCAGCAGAUUGAGGAGGAGACCAACAAGUUUGGACAACCGCUUGGAAUCAGGACAGUGGUUGUGGUGGGCGGAUUGUCCAGGGAGGAGCAGAGCUUCCGGCUCAGGAUGGGAUGUGAGAUUGUGAUAGCAACACCCGGGCGUCUGAUUGAUGUGCUUGAGAACAGGUACCUGGUACUAAACCAGUGUACCUAUAUUGUACUAGAUGAGGCUGAUCAUAUGAUUGACAUGGGUUUUGAAGAAGAUGUACAGAAAAUCCUAAACUACAUGCCAGUCACAAAUCUGAAGCCAGACACUGAGGAAGCAGAAGACGGGAUUAAACUGCUGGCCAAUUACAACUCAAAGAAAAAGUACAGACAGACAGUCAUGUUUACUGCCACAAUGCCCCCAGCAGUGGAGCGUUUGGCUCGUACAUACUUGCGUCACCCAGCCGUUCUCUAUAUUGGGUCUGCUGGCAAGCCAACAGAACGAGUAGAGCAGAUCGUGUACAUCCUCCCGGAGGCAGACAAGAGCCGCAAGUUGCUGGAGAUCCUUGGUCGUGGUGUCACACCUCCAGUCAUUAUCUUCGUAAAUCAGAGGAAAGGAGCAGAUGCGUUGGCAAGGACGUUAGGGAUGCGUGGUUACGAUGCCUGCACACUGCAUGGUGGCAAGGGCCAAGAACAACGAGAAUACGCACUAGCAAGCCUCAGGUUGGGCACCAAAGGCAUCCUUGUGGCCACCAACGUGGCCUGUCGAGGUAUUGAUAUCAAGGAUGUAUCCAUGGUCAUCAACUAUGACAUGGCCAAGAGCAUAGAAGAGUAUACACAUCGUAUUGGUCGAACGGGUCGUGCAGGAAAACAUGGUAUGGCAGUCUCAUUCUGCACCAAAGAUGAUUCUGAACUGUUCUAUGACUUGAAGCAUACGAUACUGUCUAGUCCAGUGUCGACUUGCCCUCCUGAACUGCUGAACCAUCCAGAUGCCCAGCACAAGCCCAGCACUGUCGUAACAAAGAGACCAGAAUGAAACAAUCUCAGGAAGCAAAAUUUAUAUGAACAUUCAUACAAAUCAUGAAAAGAAACUGACUCCAUUGAUUUUUAGCUUUGAGUUGCCAAUAGUAGGAACACUGCAGUCUGCCUGAUAGCAAUUCUUCGUAUCUGAGGAGCGUCCAAGAAAAAUACAAUGUUCAUGUAAUGUUUCGUAACCGCCCCAAGCUGUAUGGCACCAUGGUAGUUAUAACGGGCUGUGAGUGGGAGGUGGCUAUGGUAAAGCAAGCUACUCUCGUGGUGAUACAACACGUAUGAAUCUCUUGCUAAUUCCCAAUAAUUAUGAAUUAUUAUGUAAUCUUGGUGUAUCCAAAGAAUCCACCAAAGUGCAAAGUCCUGUGUAACAUUUUGUAACAAAAUAAUGUUCUUAUGGCAAAGAUUUGUUAGCUUGAUGCCCAAUCCUCAAGCUGGAGGAACACCCGUUUUCAGCUCUCCAUGGAAGCUCCUUCAGUAUAUUCAUAAAAGGAUAAAUGGGAAGAAAAAAAGUGUUUUGCACCAGGAUGCAUGUCUUCCAGUGAGCACACUGGAAUUACAUUCUUCUGUUUUUCCAGGGAUUCAACAUGGGCUAUGGUAUGUGUAGUAAGAGUUGGGUUAUCCUGUACUACUGAUUCUGCUAGAAUGCUGUACCAUAAAUUUUUGUGCAGUAAACAUUUCUCUCAAAGUGAUUUCACUAAAGCUGAAAGGAACACGUGUUGACGAAGGGAAAACACUGCGUUGCCCACUCAGUGACAACAGUCCCCAUAUAGAGCACAAGAAAAAGGCAAGUAUGAGGAUAAACAGUUGGAUCUUCCUCAAGGAUGGUAAACCCACCUUCCUUCAUCCUCCUCCUCCACAGAAUUUGUGGCUAGUUGACAUCACUGCUGCCCAGCAUUUGUGGAGGAUACCGAAAGAGGCGGGUUUUAAGUACCUUCACACCCAAAACCUGAAUCAGGAUCCCCUGGAGAACACAUUUGGGGCUAUUCAUUCGUACUGUGGUUUGAACAAUAACCCAACUGUGGGACAGUGUAGAUGCCUUGAAGA